AUGGCAUUAGUUUGCAUUGCGCUGCAUGCCAUCGAGCUUGCCAAGGACCACGCCAUGGAUGAGCUAAACAAGUUGCACGACGAUUUGAAUGAGCUGUCCGAGGAGCAGGCCAUGCGGCGGCGACAGCGCAAUCAUCGUUUACUCACUCGCUUGGCUCCGGGCCGCAACUGCUCUAAUUUCGCACUCGCUCACCGCCUUGGGCACGUUUGCACUGAUCCAGAACACAUUGCCGGUGUACUCUGUGAGCACUGGUCGGAGGUCUUCAAACGGAAGGACACUGACAGCGAGUUGCGGAACCGUUGGUUGGCGGAAGAGGCCCGCCACGGGGACCCGGAUAUGUUGCGCCACGUGCCUCAGGCUGACGUCCCAUUCGAGAUGUUCGAAAAGGCCAUCCGCCUCACUUCAAAUAACUCCCCUGGACCAGACGGCAUCCUGUUCAAGGCGUGGCGCAAAUUGGGCCGUUUCGCGGCCGUCGCGCUCUACGACGCUUUCGUCACCAUCUCAGGCCCUGACGGCCAGCGCAUAUUGGAGGAGGACUGGGACAGCUUCAACGAGAGCAGCAUGGUGUUUCUCGCGAAAAAGGCUUCGGGUCGCACAGAAGACGGCUCGGACAUCUUUACCCCAAACAACAUGUGCCCCCUGAACAUCACAAACACGGACAACAGGAUCAUUUGUAGCGCCAUUCGGUUGCACAUUGAACUUGCGAUUGCACCUGGGGUGUCCAUGGCCCAACGCGGGUUCAUCAAGGGCAGAUCGAUGUUGUCUAAUAUCGUGGACAUCGAAGAAGCGAUGUUGAGCAACGUGCUACUAACUUUGCAGUGCAUUGGCUUUGCGUCGGAGCUGACGGACGCCCGCAGCACUUCCACGGCAGCCAAAUGCAGAGUGCACCGCUGGGAGAACCACGCGCACGGACGGCUCUCCAUCCAGCGUCGGGAGCGGCAUCUGUGCAGGCUCGCCCAGGACUCCCCGCGCAUCCUCCGCAAAUCGACGUGGAGCACAUGGUACGACUUGAACUUCUUGACCAACCUCCAGGCCGCCAACGACAACCUGGACAUGAAAGCGCGCAUCGCCGGCGUGACGGUAGCCGAAUUGCUCCAGGGGGGGCCCAACCUGGUGAACCAGUUCCAGCGGCAACGGAUUGCGAAGCGAGGCCGGUACAUCAAUACCUUGGCAAGCUUGCCCGUGGAGGCGACCGAGCAGAAAGACGCGGCGAGGGGGCCGCGGCAGCAGGCGAAGGUGAGCAAUCGCAAGUGGGCAAAGACUGUUCUGGACGCCAGCACGAAGGCCGGAGGGCAGCUACACCGAUGUAAAAAGAUCGAUUUGGUCAAUGCGACGGUAGAGAUCGCGCGCAGCUGCGUGGAGAGCCACGCGAGGACGUCGACCAAGUCGACGGCCAUGGCACCACGCCCGAGCAUCGAGGCGGGCGGCGACAAAGGCCCUGAAGCAGCCUGGGUCAAUAUCGAGGCGGCCACCUUCACAGAGGCCGCGGGCACUGCCAUGGCCAAAAGGGCUGGUACAACCACAGGGAACGGGCCAGGUCAGAACGCGGGCAAAGCACAGCAACAUGGGCACCUCGAUUUCGAGGACAACGACGUGAACCCCAUGGAGAUGCUAGAUGCCAACCUCGACGACGACGCCUUCUCAUGGCCACGCCUGCGCGCGAAGAGCUUCGGGAUCAAGAACACCUUGAAUCAAGCGCUGAAGACGAUGGUCAAGUGGGCCGCAAAGCACGUGAUGAGGGGGGGGGGCGUUCGUGUAGCCACCCUCGUCCGGGUCGCCCUUGUGCCUCUGCUGCAGCGGGCGAUGGUGUGUGCCAAGUGCGAGAAGAAAUUGUCGGUGAUUGCAAACCCAGACGUGUGGCGAGAAGGGGGGCGCAAUAACACGUCGAGAUCAUCGGCCACUGGCGGUCGGAAGAUUGGCGAGAACAUGUUGCUGAAGCACAAAUUCAAGGACAAGGCCAACCCGUAUCAGAGCAAGUGCAAGGUCUGCAAGACGACAUUGCACCAGAAGGGCGUGUACUGCUCGGCGUGCGCCUACCGUGGCGGCUUCUGCGCGAUGUGCGGGAAGGAGAUGGUGGACGUGUCCAUCGCCCGUGGUCGGCCCCCCCAGCCCCUUGAGGGGGGCCCAGCCGGGGGCCCAGCCGGGGGCCCAGCUUGGGUUUUUCUGCCGAGGGGCCCAGCCGGGGGCCCAGCUGGGGUUCAGCCGAGCUGAGCCCCCUCCAGGGGCCCAAGUCGAUCCCAGACGUGCUCGCGUCGUGAGAGGAGAACUGAAGAGGAACAACAACAACAACAACAACAACAACAACAACAACAACAACAACAACAACAACGGAAAGGCGUGCACUGCGGCCCCGGUCAGGGCCGGAGCCUCCGGUGUCAUUCCGCCGGUGGACGGGCGCACAUUCCGGCCCCGUGGGUCUGUUGGCCUGAGACGCUGUGUGACGACGACUUCUCCGGCCCUGCGAGAGGCCAUCUGCGGCGGUUUCGCGCCGCGGUGGGCAAACGUACAUUCCGGCCCAGUAUGCCCCGUCAUUUGUGCUGUUCCAUCCACAGAAAAGCUCCCCGUGCGCUACCCUUUUCUCCGGCCCCGUGUGCAGUUAAGAACCCUCAAGGACCUUCACGACGA